AUGCCAGGCCAUGAGUGCCACGCUGCUCCCUUGCUCACCGAGUCCGCCGGUGAAGUAGCUUUUAACGCUGCACCCCUAGGAAUUCCUCCGGUAGCUGCGAGAGCGAACAUAGUGGCCGCAUGCUGCGCCUCUUUCUGUAUAUCCCCGAUUGUAACCUUGGUUGACAAAUCAGUAGUACUGAGUGCCACGGGGAGGGGCCCUCUGGUGCCCUGUUUGCUUGAUUCCCUCAUGCGUGUUAUUCGGAGUCCGCUAGGAUUCCUGAGGGGCCGGGACUUCAAAGUAGUAUUUGGGGUAUAUGCCGGGACAUACCUGGCGGCUAAUGCGUCAGAAACCAUCGGGGCGGCAUUCCACAGCACUUCUGCGCUUCCCAAGUUUGUCGGGAUCACUCUCUGCAAUGUAUUUCUUUGUGUAAGGAAAGACAUCAUCUUUUCCCGCCUGUAUGGGGCACCUCAAGGGGCAGGCGGGUACUACAAGGACUUCCCUCUGGCAUCUGUGGGCCUGUUCCUAGCCAGAGAUGGACUAACCAUUGCCUCAGCCUUCAAUCUACCUCCUCUUCUGGCAAACAUCCUCGUGCGCUGGGCAGAAAAUACAACGGAUGCCCUCGACGGCCCAGAAAGUGAAGUUCUUGUCUCUCGCGGAGGCCAAGAAAAACUACGACAUACACAGAAACAGCUGCAGCACCAAUCACCACGGCAUCAGAGCCACUAUCACGGCACCCAAGAAGACGGGCACCAGCCAAAUGAAUUGCAGGACGGCAAGCAGAGAACGUCUGUUCCACAAUCUGCAGGGGCGUUUCCCGAUGGUUCUCUCCGCGCUUCGCUCUCGAGGGGCCCUUUGUGGGCUUUACGACGGUGGAUUCUUACCGAGCCCCUGGCAGCUUCUUCAAUGGCCCAGGUGCUGUCACCUGUGGGAAUUCAGUUGGUGUCUACCCCGCUUCAUCUGCUUUCUCUAGAUCUGUACCACAGGCCCACAGCCACGUUUGGACAAAGGCUCAGCGCCCUUUCAUGGGCUUACUGCCCUGCAGUUAUCGCGAGGGCUGCCCGCAUUGUGCCCGCAUUUGGAGUUGGAGGCCUCGUCAAUUCCAGAACUCGGAACAGCUUGACUGCAGCAGAUGGAGAGACUGCAGUGACAUGUACCCUUUCUAAGACAACACAGUACAAGUAG